UUUCGGCUGGGGGAGGGGGGUAAGUAAUCUCCUUUUUAAAAAGGAACAGUGGGGGGCACUUUUAAUGACAGUGAACUGGCUAGAAAUUCCCACUUGAGUCAGUCGACUGUACCCAUAGGGAUGAUGCGGUAUUCCAUUUCAGACAAAAUUGUUUCACCAAGUUGACUGCUCAGUUUCACAAGCCGUCUAUUAUUGCUGACUCAUAUCUUGGAAUCUCAUCUACUUUAGUGAGAAAAGUCUGCAUCCAUUAAACGGACGUUUUAAAAGGGUGGUGUUUCUCAGCGUUGGGGCACUUAUAAAAGCAAUGAAGGAAACGAACUGUGGCUUGUGCCUUGUGCACAAGUUGUGUAAAUGUACAUUUCAUUUAAAAUCGGAGAGGCGGAGCGUUCCUCCGUUCCCCCCUUCCCGCUUAUUAACGCUUAUUAUUUCGUAUUCCGAGGCCAUGAGGGCGAAAAGCAAAAUAAAUACGCAUUUCACCAAGGCUGAAUGUUCCUGGGUCCGUUAAACUUGCUUCAGCCAAUUGUCAUUGUGUGUUUCUCUCGACAAAGUGGACGACAAACUGAAGUGGUCUUCAAACCUAUACACUCUUCAAAAAUCACCUAGCGCCCCGGACAGAGCCCGGUGCACCAACUAGCUGGUAAACAAAAGACUACUUUGGGACGUGAGCUGUUAACUGAUUUUUCCCACUGGCAGUUGUUAGACAUAGGGAUACAUAGUCAUUUCCGAGGAAGUUUAUUCAUUCGAAUGAGACCAGGCAUAACUCAUGAUGAGUUCACAGUUAUUCCCGGAAGAGGCGAAGUAGAGGGUACGGAUAAAGCUACUGGAGGCGGAUUUUCAGAAGUCAUUCCCAUCACUUGUUGGCGUCGUAGAGGGGUGGGUCCAUAAUAAAAUAAAAGUUAUAACUGCUUUGUCCUUUUCUGCUGUUAAAGCUUUCAUUCUUGUCAAAAUUUAAAUCGCUACAUAAUUGGCUAGCAAUCCUCUCUUUGAAGGCUUACUUCAGUGGGAAAAAAUUGUAGGUCAUUUGAAGGCUCGUCUAUGAUCGCUGAUGUGUGGUGAUGAUGACAUGGCGUUAACUGAUUGUUUAACCUCUUCCCGACGGUGCAUUCAAGCAUGAUUCCAACUACCUCGGUGACUCAAGCAUGAUUACGUGGAUGGAUUAGUUCCAUAUAGCCUUGCAGUUUUUCUUUCUGUGAACACUUCAUGAAAACCCCACUGUAAUGGGCGGGGCAUGUCCGCAUAAAGGUCAGCAACGAGUUGGGCAGGCAACAUCCUGCACAUGCAUUCAGACUGCGCAGGCUGCGGAUUCAGAAGUUAUAAUGGGGGGGGCUAGUUUAAAGGAGUGCAGUGUCAGCAGGAAAUCUUUAGAUAAGCCUGGGGUCGGGCCUGAUAACGCACAAUAAGCGGAAAGAGCACUUCCGCGUACUGUCGGAAUGAGGUAAUGCUAGGAGGAGGACAACAGUGACACUCGACAUGAGCCCAAUUAAUACCGGCUGUGCUGCAGUAGAUUGUGGCACAACAUCGAAAUGGUCCUUCAAACAACCAAACCUUCUCGUGGUAGGCCUAAUGAUUUUGUUGCCUUUGAACUGCAAUCAACAUUGUGCAUGUGCUGCCUGUUGAUACAAUUUUCCUGACACUGCAAUGUAUCCUACAAAUCGGAGAUGUACUAUUCCUUUCAUGAUGUUGUGUCUCGUACUGUCGAUGUCAUUGAUGGCUUGUCACAGUCCAGUACUGGCCCAGAUAUCGGUGGACCAAGGGCCAAAGGAUGUGUCUGUCGUCCAAGGAAACACCGCCAUAUUUGAUUGUGACUUGAACAAUGCUGCCGGUCACAUUAUUUACUGGUAUUACGAGAGCGGAGCGACGAAGAGGUAUUUGAGCAUUGGUAGAGAGGUGGGACGGAGUACUCCUCUCUCUCCGGCGCUCCUGAACCGUCUGUCUGUCAUCGGUGACGAGAGCCAAGAGGAAUUUACGCUGAGGAUCGUCAGUGUACAAGAGAGUGAUAAAGGGAGUUACUCGUGUCUGUACGCAGUUGGAAAUUCCUUGCAUACUGCCGGGGCAGGUAUACUAACCGUGUGGGUCCCGCCCAGCAUGCAGUCGCCAGUGUGCAGAGUGCUAGGUAUAUCGGGGACCACUGACCAGUUCCAGGUGGACGAGAUAGUUAGUCUUUACUGCUACACUUCUGGUGGGAAUCCCACUCCCAGCGUGGGGUAUUACAGGAAUGGUGACCGGGUGACGACGCUGGCUCGGUCGAUUGGGCACCAGUACCGCUUAACCGCCGAUGACAACGGUGUGACCUUCACUUGCAUCAUGACCACACCUGCUUUGGAUGGACCGCGUAACUGCUCUGUAAUGCCACUGAAAAUCUUGCCGAAUGCCACCAUCCUACCUGUAGCAUCCAGGGUUGAGGAGGGGACCUCGGCAUCAUUUGAAUGUUUCGGUGAGGGUACGCCCAACAUCGCCACGUACAGGUGGAGAGUGACAAAUGUUGACACUGGAGACAUUUUACCCGAGGUCACUUACACAGUGCCUGGGAACGGCCGACAAUUGGAGAUAAAAGUGAUGGAAAAUCUUGAAUUACUGUGCACGGUGAGUGUGCCCUCUGGACUUUCCGGUAACACCACCGCCAGGGUGCAUGUCAUCCAGCGAGAAGUCCUCACUACAGCUGCGAUAUCGACAGUGGAGAAGCACCCCUCCAGCGAACCGUCGUCCGCAUCACCCCCUGUAGCCAUCAUUGUUGCAGUAGUGGUUCUGGCCUUGAUCGCGAUAAUUCUCGUCUCCUUGACAUGGUUUAUGUGGAGGAGAAAACGAUUGGAAAGAUCCAAGAUACCCAUCGAUCCCAAAGAUGGGUAUAAGAUGAGUGAUGUCCGAGACGAGUAUGCCGAAAUCGACAUACCGACUCAAAAUGGCCGAGAUACCCGGAUGUCGGAGGCAGACUUUUCAGAGACACAGACAGGGGUUGGACUCGUGGCUAGCAACCCUCUUUACGCUGCACCCGAUCAUCGCAAGCGAGUCGGAUCGGCGGUCCGGAGUGCGGUUGACAGCAAGCAGGGUUCGCUAACAUGCUCACAACCCGACAAGAAACCAGCGACUAACAAUAACGACGAAAAGCUGCCGCCAAGUAUCACCGACGGAACCCUGGCCCGCCUCCUUCCCGCUGAAGACGCACCGCUGUACGCCCAGCCGGACAAGCCCAAGAGGAGCAGAAAGAGCGAGGACUACCGCGGGAGCGAGUACCUCACCCUGCCGGCAGAGGAGCCCGAUGAAGCGGACUCCGGUCUGGUCUACGCUGAUCUUGCUCUUGAUUCUUCGCCUGACAAAACUUCAAGUAACAUCGAGCCGCCUUCCGCCUCAGAAAAGACCGUGUAUGCCUCGAUUCUCACUUGAUUGUACAAUGUAUUAAAAAAUUAUAUUUUUUCAUAAAUUUUCUGAAUAAAGCUACCGUGAACUGCAGUCUCCGUGAAGUUUUGUCGUUAACCUGCAAAUUGAUUUGCAUAAUGUACUAUCAUCGUGAAUUCAUGCCCCAGUCUAGCAUUUAUCAAAACAAAAGGGAUCAAUAUUAUGCUCUCACCCCUGCUGAGGUCCGACGUGUGUAUCAUGAAAGAGAAAGAAAAAAAUCGUUUUUCUUGAAAUUCUACAAAAUCCCGAUUACAAAACCAUUUUAUAAAUACACAGGAUGAUCCAUGGAAUAAAUUUUGCAACAGUGAGCGAUGUGAUUGAAGGACGAGUUGUUGAUGCUGACUGCAGUAAUACCCAAUGGGAGUAAGUGAGAGAAAACGUUCUUUUCAGUGCAUUAUUUUGUAUAAAUUAUGUCAAUUAAUGUAAUAUUUUUAUUUCAUAAGUCUGAUUAUAAUCUGUUGUCCGAUUGAUAGUGUAUGCACUCUCUGUCAGGCUGGCCUGCUUGAGAGCCCAGUAUAUACGAAACAAAUAUUAAAUUACAUGUAUCAAAGUAGACGUAAUAAAUUCAAAUUGAUAUUAAACCCAGUACAUGUACUUGAAAAACAUUUUUUGAAAAAAAAUAAAUUUUACUGGAAAACAUUCGGACAAUGAUCAGCGAAUUGAUAAUUGUCGGAAUGCAGAUUAUCUUACAUAAAGUGUAAGAUUGUUACAAAAUUAAGUUUUGCUAAGCAAACAUCGGUGUACACUGACCUUAAAAGGUGCUGUUCGAUGCACCUUUUACAAUCCUUGAAAAUGCACUGAAUCACAAAUUGUCAAUUAACUGGUUUUUUUUUAAUACUGGUUUUAUUUUAAAAGGUAUUUUGGCGUCUUAUUGGUCCUUAUGCUAAUUAGAAAUUCCGUAUUCCUGUACAUUACUGUGGGAAUACCUCCUCAACGGUGCACUGAUUCCAGCACAAAACUGCUAGAAUAGGGCCUAUGUUAGUAUUUUGCUGUUCCAAAUUUUGUUUUCUAUGGUAUUUCACUGUUUUUUGAGUACAUGGUAAUAGGCGGAUGAGCAACCCUCUCUUGGAGUAUAAUCAGCAAAAUUUGGGUUCCAGAUUUGAACAGUUAAACCUAUAACCAAA